CGAGUCAAGAUUGAUUUCAGGAACGCACUUUUAAUGGCAGGCUUGUCAUGUUGAUUUCGAUAUUCCGUAAUUUAUUGGUGUAGAGAAAUGACUUUUAUAAUUUAUUCUUUUCAUUGAAUUAGAAGGAAGUAACAAAGAAAUAUAAAAGAAGUGUGAACGAGUUUUAAUCUGUAAAUGCAACAACAGUUUAUUAUUAAAUCAUCAAGCAAAUACCAAGUUGUCACUAUUAAUAUCUUUGAAUCGAUUUAUCUACGAAAAUAAUCUUGCGUUUGCCGUGAAUAUAUUAUCGUUAUGUCAACAAAGUUAUGAGCUAAUCGGUUGGUUAAGCAGUGAAAAUGUCGCUAGAACGCGAGAGUGUGGGCGGAGUGCCUAAUGUGGGGGAUAUACGAGGGGUUGUAGGCCCCAGCGUGGGUGGUAGCGGCGCCGACCCCCGCUCGCAGCUGCUGCAGGAGAUGAGAGAGCAGAACUUUGACCUGAUCAGAUUUGCCUCAUACAGGACUGCUUGCAAGCUCCGCUAUGUCCAAAAGAAAUGUAACUUACACGUAAUAGACAUAUGGAACGUAAUAGAGGCGUUCCGUGAGAACGCACUGAACACAUUGGAGCCGACCGCUUGUGUGAACGUAACCAGACUUGAGACGUUGGUAUCGUCACUGUAUCACAACUUGAACAAAAGACUGCCGCCCGCUCACCAGGUGUCUGUUGAAGCGUGUUCUGCAUUGUUGUUGAAUUGGCUGCUCUCUGCUUAUAGUACUGGUGAAAAUGUGGGUAAAAUUCGAGUGUUUUCAAUCAAAGUGGCUCUAGCGACGAUGUGUGCCGGCAAGCUGAUGGAUAAGCUAAGAUAUAUAUUCUCUCAACUCUCUGAUGGCAAUGGGCACUUACUCAUGAAGAGACUGUCAGACUACCUACGGGAGGUGUUAGCUCUGCCCGCGGCGGUGUACGAGUCGCCUUCAUUCAAUUACACGGAUUCACUUGCGCUUACUAUAUUUAAUCAGAACGGCAAGAUCACAGUGAACGACUUCCUGGACACGUUGAUGUCGGACCCCGGGCCUCCGUGCCUCGUGUGGCUGCCGCUACUGCACCGCCUCGCUAGCGUCGAAAAUGUGGUCCACCCGCUAGCAUGCAGCGCCUGUCGCCGCGGCUCCCUCACUGGUUUCCGGUACCGCUGCACCCGCUGCGCCAACUACACCAUGUGCCAGGACUGCUUCUGGCGAGGCCGAGUCUCCGCCCCACACACCAACGACCACGAGGUCAAGGAGUACGCCGCCUAUAAAUCUCCGUCGAAGCAGAUAGGCGCGACACUGCGCAAGUCGUUCCGCUGCGUGCCGGAGCGGGCGCGGGCGCCGCUGCCGCGCUACCCCGACCAGCCCGAGCGGACGCUCAACCUUAGCCAUAUCGUGCCGCCGUCCCCAGUGCCGGCACACAAUGGUUUCCCGGAGUACGUGGGUGGCUACGUCAACACUGGCUCGCUCGACUCCCGGUCUUCCCGCUCCACGCAUCGCAGUAUAGCGGAACACUUAUCCCGUGGCGUGGAUGAUGAACAUCGUCUGAUAGCGAGAUACGCGGCGCGGCUGGCACACGAGAACAGAACUAUGCCAAGAGCUGGGCGAUCAGCGUCCCUUACUCCGGAAUUGGGUCGUUCAUCGUCCGAGGGUUCGGAAGUGGACGCGGCGCGGCAGCAGCGUGAACUGAUCUCACAGCUCGAAGCCAAGAAUAGGGAGAUUAUGAGAGAGAUCGCUAGGCUCAGACGUCAACAAGAAGCGGAAGCCAGUGCUGGAGGCGCCACAUCAGCCCCCCUGGUGUCGGAGCUGCGCCUGCUGCGGCAGCGCAAGGACGAGCUGGAGGGCCACCUGUCCUCGCUGCAGGAGUCGCGCAAGCACCUCAUGCACCAGCUCGAGGGACUCAUGAGGAUGCUCAAGACACAGCAAUCAUCUCCACGAUCUACGCCGAACUCGUCUCCUCGUUCGACCAAAAGCCCGCCUCUGCCGGGAGCCGGGCCUCAGCCAAGUGCUCCAGAGAGGGAGCCGCCACCACGAGGUACGGUACGCAGCGCCCCUCAGACGCCAUCACUCGGCGAAAGAGAACGGAUUGAUAUGUCGCAUAGUCUUGGUAUGGAGAGCAUGGGAGGUGAUGCUAGAAACUUCCAUCAAAAUCAACGACCCACUACCAUGGGCAUAGACAACCGUAGCCUGCGCAGCGACCUGCUGUAUGCGGCGGAUUCGGUCACCAACGCGAUGUCGACCCUCGUGCGGGAACUCAACUCGGAAGGCUCCGAUACGGAGGAUACCGUAAAAGGAGACAGCAGAAAGCAAAGAGAUUUCGAAGAAGACGAUGACAGUGACGAGCCGAUGCCGCGGCCGCAGCCUCCGCGACACUACUUGCACGAUAACAACGUACAGAAUGUCACACCCAGUGUUGAAAUGAGAUCGUAAGCUAGCUUGAGGACACGCCGCCGCCGCUGCCAGCGCGUACCGGCCACUACUAUCCUCGCACAUAGCUACAUAACUAACCUAUGUACUAUAUUAUAUACAAUAUAACUUACAUAGACAUAAUCCUACUAUAUACGACAACCUCUGUUCACUAUCGUUUUUACUUUUCCUACUUUAAAAAUGCUAUAUAAUUUAUGUUUUCUGAGUUUCCAUGACAAUUUGGUAAUGUCAAAAAUAUUUAGUAAAUUAUACACGAUCAAUAGUAGACCGAAUUUUAGGAUGUACCUAAACUGGUACCGAUUAUUUUGUGCAGUUGACAGCUGUCAGUUUUCAACGGAAAAUGGAAGAAAGAAUGAUCGAUGACUAUAGAUUCUUAUUAUUAGGUUUCAGUCUAUUAUUGAGCGUGUUGCAAUUUCUUAACGCGGGUUUCACCUACCAAUUAGGUAGUUGAAAAAAAAAAGAUGUAUUGAUGGGUUAAAAAGUACCUACUUUUGAUUAUUUUGUAGUCAACAAAGUCAAUGCAGAAAUGGACUAUAUGUACCGCUUACCUAUAUUAAGUACCAUUGAUAAAAAAAUAUUGUUUUAGGCGAGAUGUUCAAACGAAUGCAUGAGAGAUGAUUUAGAAUUUUCCAGAACAAACAGUUCAAUUUUUUGGUUUUACAAACAAUGUCUGUGUUUUGUAUGAGUCAACACAAAUACAUGGGAUCCCAAUCUAAGCUAAUAUUGAAUAUCUGUGAUUCACAAAAAUAAGUAAAAUCUAUUCAAAUACGGCUAAAAAUUGAACUUUUUUCAAUGGCAUAAAGGAUCAUGAUUUCUGAGCGAGCUAUAGAAACAUUGACAAAGUUGUUUGACUAGGCUGUUGGCUUAUUAGUAAAACACAGCCUCUUAAUGGGAAAUUAAUAUUUAAUUUAUUAGAUAAAUAUUAAUUUUAAACAUAGAGCAGACAUUGAACCGUUAAACCAUUAAAAUACCUAAAUGUAUUAACAUAAUAUUAUACAUAUGUUGUACCGAAGAGCUGUCUAUGAAUAUGAGAACUUUGGAAAUUGUAUUAUUUCUGUACAUAGAUUCGUUUUUAAGUUGUAUGUAUGUGUUCCGCUUGUUGUCUAGUCCAAAAGCUAUGAAAUUCGUUUUUAAAAUUUUAUCGUAAGCGCAGAAUUUUACUAACUUUUCAAUUACUCUUGUAUGUUAUACUUUUGAUUAGUGUAUUUUUUUACGAGUGGGUCUAUCAAUAUUGAAAUUCCUUGUGUUUUGACAAAGCAAAAAUAUUACUUUGCUUAUACUCGGAAAAGAUAGUUAUGUUUUAACUAGUCUUAAAUGAUAUAUAACAAUUCCCACUUCGUUGAAAAUAUACUAUCUUCAACAUAUACCUAUGUAUGCCAGAAGUGCUGACACGAAUACUACGACUGUAACUUAUAUAAUUUGAGAUAUAUAUAACUUUAUAUAUAUAUAUAUACAUAUAAAAAUAUUUCCUUUCCUGUCUUCCAUGCGUCAAUUCCUUCCAAUAUUAUGUACAAACAUGUCAAUUGAUACUUCCCUUUGAACUCCUUCUUUUUAUGUUUAGUCUUUUAUAUUCGUUUGGUUACAAGUAUGAAUGUGCAAUACAUACAAAAAUCUUCAUUUAAUCACGAUGAAAUGUUACAUCAUAUUUUCUUCAGAAAAUUAUUUAGUAAAUCGGCUCUUACUUCUAAAAAUCUCUAGCAAUCCCUACUAAUAUUAUAAAUGCGAUAAUAACUGUCUGUCUGUUUGUUUGUUACGCUUUCACGUCUAAACCACUGAACUGAUUUUAAUAAAUGUUGGUACAGAGAUAGAGUUGACCUUGAGAAAGAACAUAGGAUAGUUUGAUUCCCGGACUUUUGAAGAGUUCUCUUGGAAACGCGAUAUGACCGAACUCGACGCGGAGGAAGCCUCGGGCGGAAGCUAGUAGUAAAAUAAAACAUCAUAAAGGUCAAAAGCCUAAAUGAUUAGCAUAUAUUUCCAUAAAAAUGCCGAAACACUGAUUCAUACUUACAUAAUAACAUAUUUAUACUUGUUACCAACGGAAGUGUUUUAACUUUACUAGUGAAGUUCUUAUGUGUUCCAAAAAUAUAUAGCCCUUAAUUUAUAAUUCACCACUGGGACGUUUCUCAGUCUAUUCUGAACUAAACUCUUAUGAUUAUUUUCUAUUGCAUGCUUUAAAUUAAGCCUUUUAUAAAAUCAGUAACAUUCCUUUGCAUUUAAAAGAAUAUUGUCGACAUAUGGCAGCUAUCUUUCGCAUUUUAAGCUUUUGCUAUUAUUUUAUUAAUUCACAGCAAUUUUAAUAUCAUAAGGUUUCUUUUUAUAUGUUAGGUACAUACAAGGCACAUCGACCUACCCCAAUCUGUCAAAUUUCUUCAAUAGAUUUUCAACCUUAUCACAAUAAUGGAAGGUUAAUAUUCGAUUGGUAAAUUUUGACAUAUUUGGUUAGGUUUACCUGCUGCCGUCUGUACCUUUUCUAAGCUCCUCGUUUUCUUAUUAACUAAAAAGCUAUUUUAAUCCUUAUCACGUUAGAAAUUGAGUUGUAACUUGCUUAAAUAUUAACAUUAACGAGUACUUAGUUUAUAUAUAAUUUGCUCAUACAUCACUCAUUGAAGACUGACGCGAACAUUGAAUAUGUCUCACCGAAUAUCUAUGCCAAAAUUGUUACGAACCAAAAUGUUUCAUAUCUAGGUUGUUUUUUUUACGUGGCAGCUUUUAUAUUUUAAUUUUAAGUCUUGUAACAUUGAUGUUUAGGAUUUUAUUGACAAAAAAUCCUGUUACUUAAUAAUUUUAGUACUUAUACAAAUAUUUUUUAUUAUUUUAUUAGAGACGUUUUUUUUGGAAUUGAAACAAGCUCGUAAAAUGUACUUAUGAAACAAGUGAAGUUCGUCAUAAAAAGUCUUAAAUAUCAAUGUUUUUUUUUGCGUUUCCACGCUUUAAGGUUAAUUUUUAUAAUUUAUAUAAUAGUGUUAUUUUUGUGUACCUACCCACUCAUUGCUCAUUUCACACAUUCUGCAAACCCGAAUAUCACAAAAGACAGCGAAAUUGUAUAAAAAACUUUUAUUUAAAUUGGAUUUUCGGGUAUAUUUAUAACUUAGGCUAAGCAUCUGCAUAUCAUUUUACUUUUUUAUAUAUAAAUACGUUAUAUAAGUGCAAUAUAUUGUUAUGCGGUCCGAGAAUGGAAUCUUGCCGGAUUGUGAUCGAUUUGUUUUACUUUUUAUUAUAAUAUUAAGUUUUUUUAAGAUCUGUUACUUCGAGAAAAUUAUGCGGCAACUAUUUUUUUAAUUUUUAAUCGUCAAUCCAAAGCAUAUUAUUAGAUAUAGGUGUAGUUUAUAAGUGAGUACUUAUAAAAGUCAAACAAAUAGAGAAUAUCCAUACUUAUUGUAUUUUUAGGGCGAAAUUCGUUUAAUACUAUGUAAGUGAACAAAUUCGACUAUAGUAUUACUGCAUAUAUUUUUUGAAUUUCGGACAUAUUGAUUUGAUGCAAUUUUCGACCUUAUUUCCCCAAGAUUUAGUAAACUUUGUACUAAAUAUUGGUGAAAUAAGGUGAUAAUAUUUAGAAACAUUAAGUACGUUUUAUUGUUCAUAAUAUUCUGUUUUAGUAAGCUAAGUCCUCCCCUUCCCUCCCAAACUUGAAGACGUGAUAAUUGUAAAGUGAUCAGGAAUAAUAAAUAUAAUGACAGUUUUAUAAUAGGAUUAUGCUUAUUGUCACCUGUUUUGAAUUGAAAUAAGACAAAGAACUUUAGAAAAUGCAAGAAUCUUCCUAAUUUUUAGGGCUGACAAAAAUGCAAAUAUGAGUAACUAUCGUAUUUUUCUUAAAAACGAUUUGUGAAAACUUUACAUAACUUCUAUUUAGUCAAUUAAAUGCAUAAUAUUAGUUAUUUUAGUCUUUUUUUAGUUUUUUAAACGUUUAAGUUCAAUUCAAUGACAGGUGACAUAAAGCAUAGUUGUCACAAAUGUAAAUGGAACAUUGAAACUAAAGUUACAUAAGUACAUGAUAAUCUUUUAUACUAUACGUAUUAUACAUUUUGUAAUAGCGUAGGCCCGUAGCUGUAUGUUAAAGUCUUAAGAUAUGUUAUUGAAUAAUGUGUACUAAAUAAUGCUGGGAUCUUUGCCCAAUACGUAAAAAAGAGGUACUACAAUAACCCAAUUUUUUUUUAAUGGAAUUUUUCCUGAUAACUACAAAAUAAAAAACCUACCAUAUUAUGAAAAUAAAAAAUGAACAAUCUGUUUUUUUUUUAAUAUUAUAGCAAAAUCAUUUUAAAUUAUACCUCUGUAACUAAGGAUGUCAUUGAGCAAAGAUUCAGUAAAGUAUCAUCUAUUUAUAUAUGUAUUAUCUAUUUAUAGGGGAAAGCACAAAUUUCAGAUAUAAAUGACACUCAUUUUCUAUAAUAACUAUACUUAUCGUGAUCGUCGUUUUAUAUAUAAAGAAAUAACUUCCAUUUUUUAUCAAUGUCGUAUACGUUAGAACAGAAUCAUUAUGUACUAUGUAUGUAAUAUAUAACCAAAAUAAUCGAGUGUCUUGUAUAAACUAUCUUCGGACUGUUGAAGAAAGGUAGUCUUGCUUUGUACUUUCUUUAAAAAUAUAACUGAAAUUAUGUUUCAAAUCUUCAACUUUAUUGAACUUUAAAGCAAAAAGUUUUUAUAUUAAAGCGCUGUUGUUAAAUCUUCGAUCUUUCUAGAACUAUAUUUGACAUUGACAUAAGAAUGACAUAAGGCCUAGUGCAGGCAAAGACAUUGAAUGAUUAUUCCUAUGAAGGACGAAAAAGGUUGUGAAUUCAACGAAUGCAAUAGCUUGAAUUUUGAGAGUUUAUCCGCAGUACAUAAUAUUUAUAUAAAAGUUGAUUGGAUUGUAUGUAAUAGGCAAAGUAAGACUGUCUUUCAGGCGAGGCUUAUAUGUACUUAGACAUGAUAUUGUAAGAACUUUAUCAUUGCAAUUGUAAACAUUCCAUUGCUUGUGAA